AUGUCGAAAUCAAUUCCUGCGUUGACCGGCUCCUCCUGGUAUCAACAUCGAGCAUCGAAACGCCGAGGAAAAUUUCGCAUAUCUGACAAACGAAUGCGCGAAAAAAGGACUGAGUCAACUAUUUCUGAGCUGUUGAUGCCGUUUCUAUAUUCAAAAGAAGAAAUUGAAAGUGCAAAUUUUGAGGAGAUGUUCAAAUUCUUAAACUCUACUCGUAGGUCCUCGGAAUUUCGGAGGAAUUUCCUGGAUUACAUAUAUGGAUCGGAGGUUGGGAAUUUCGGGUUGGAUUAUCAUGCGGAUUUUGCGGACGGGUGGAGAUUCGUUUUUGGAAAUGGGGAAGAAGUUGAGGAUGAAUAUGGAAUUGUUCAAGAAGAUGAGUCUUCGAACAUAUCUGCUCUUGAAGAAGAAACUGUAGCCCUUGUCACGAAGAGAAUGGAGGAGGCACGAGAAGAAUAA